CAAGGCCAAAGCAACCUCAUUAACUUCAAGGUCGCGGAACUGAACAUGGACUUCCAGAAGCUCCCGCUCAAACAAUUCCCGCAGGCGACGAGGACCGUCUCUCCUGAGAAGACGUACUGGUCGAAGCUCCGUGCGCCGCAUGAGCUCAAACAAGUGGCGAUGAUCUCGAGCAUCGAGGCCAACCCCGCGGCACCUCACGAAUUCGCCGUGUCCACGUCGACCCGAGUGCAGUUGUACAGCACGGCGUCCAACGACAUUGUGCGCACCUUCUCGCGGUUCAAUGACGUCGUGUACAGCGCGUCGUUCCGCGGCGAUGGUAAGUUGUUGGUCACAGGUAAUGCCAACACACAAGUGUCCGUGUUGGACGUGGGCUCUCGCACGGUGCUUCGCAUCAUGAACGGCCACAAGGGAGCCGUCCGGUCGGCCAAGUUCUCCCGCGACCACGUGCACAUCUUCUCUGCAUCCGACGACAAGACGUGCCGCUUCUGGGACCUGGCCACGGGCACCCCGGUCGCGGUGAUGGGCGACCACACAGACUACGUCCGCCAUGCGGUGCAGCAUCCAUCUCCGUCGUCUCAAGUAUGGGCCACAGCGUCAUACGAUCACACAGUGAAGCUGUGGGACAUGCGCGCCACCCCUGGGAAGACGACGUUCUCGUCGACUCUAUCCAUGGACCACGGCGCACCCGUCGAAAAGUGUCUAAUCCUGCCAGGCGGAAACCUCUUGUUGAGUGCCGGAGACAACACGAUCAAGGUGUGGGACCUCCUCAGCGGCGGCAAGCUGCUGCAUGAGUUCUCAUCCCACCAGAAAACCAUCACGAGCUUGACGCUGGACGGCACCAACACGCGCCUCGUGUCUGCGUCGCUCGACGGGCACGUCAAGAUCUACGACCUUGCCUCGUAUGAAGUGCUCCACGGGUUCAAGUACGGCGACGGCGUCCUCUCGGCGGCUCUCACCCCCACCAACUCGCACUUGGCCGUGGGGACUGUCUCGGGCAUGCUGACCGUCCGCCGCCGCAUCACGACCGACGACGUGCCCGCCACAGACGAACUCCCCGUCGUCCGCGGAGGCAGCUACAAGUACUUUUUGCGAGGAACUAAAGCCAAGCCCACAGACGCCGACCAUAUCAUCACGUCCCGUCGCCAUGCCAAGUGUGCGCCGUACGAGCAGGCGCUGCGGUCCUUCGACUACCGCAAGGCCCUGGACAACUCGCUCGACACGCGAAACCCCACGGUGAUCGCGAGCAUGUUGGAGGAGCUGCGGCUGCGACAGGGGUGGCAGAGUGCGCUGGCGUACCGCAACGAGGAGGCGCUGGAGCCGCUGCUGUCGUUCUGCAUCCGAUACGUGACCGACCCCAAGUACGCCGCCUUGUUGCUGCGGGUAUGCACGUUCCUUCUCGAGCUGUACAGCCCCAUGCUGGGGACGAACCAGUCUAGCGCCGUGUUAGAAGGGCUGUUCUUCAAGCUCAAAAACAGACUCAAGGAGGAGCAGGUGGUGCAGACGUCGCUGCUGCAAGUGAUGGGCAUGGUCGAGAGCAUCAUGACUGCGCAAUCCACGGCCCACAGCCGCCACGCACCGGCGGUUGUGUCGGACGAUCUGCCGCCUCUAAACACCCUCGGACACUAACACGAAUAUAUACAUAGACCACACCUAUUUUCUGUGAUAACGUUUCAACGUACUAC